AUGCUACCAUUCAACACUACUCAUCAUCUCAAACACAUCUUCACCACUAUUUUUCUUAUCUUUCUCAUAACUCUCACGGUGGCAGCCACCACCGGUGGAAGAAAGGUAGACAUGGCAAGCGGCGGCGCACCUACGGGCGCAAGUGGUUCAGGUCAUGGUCCAAACUGGGACUACAACUGGGGAUGGGGGUCAGCACCAGGUAGCGGGUGGGGUUAUGGCUCAGGCUCAGGACAUUCUCCUUCUGGUUUUGGUAGAGGUUAUGGAUUUGGUUUUGGAACCGGGACUGGAUCUGGUUCCGGAUAUGGUUACGGAUCCGGUAGCGGUGGUGCUCACGGUGGUGGUUAUGGAAGUGGUUCAGGCAACUCUGGUGGAGGGAAUGGUGGUGGUCAUGGCGGUGGUUAUGGAAGUGGUUCAGGUGGUGGUGGAGUGAAUGGUGUUGGUAGGGCUAAUAACAACAAGUCACCUUCGGAGUCUAAGGGUAAAAGUAAAACCAACCAUGGAUAA